AUCGCGUGUUAAUCCUCUUCUCUUUUCUCUGAUUUGAAACCCUAGAAUCUCUUCUCUCUCUCUCUCUUUCUCGGAUUCAAUGAAGCAGAUCAUGCCUUUCAAGGACGAAUUCUCCUUUGAGGAGCGGCUUGCGGAAUCGAGGGACAUCGUUGCCAAGUAUCCUGAUCGCGUCCCGGUAAUUGCGGAAAGGUAUUGUAGAUGUGACCUGCCUCAGAUGGAAAAGAAAAAAUUCCUUGUCCCGAGAGACAUGUCCAUAGGGCAGUUCAUUCAUAUUCUAAGCGGCAGACUGCGUCUUACUCCCGACAAAGCUUUAUUUGUAUUCAUCAAGAACUCCUUACCCCAAACAGCAAGCCUAAUGGACAUGGUCUAUGAAUCAUACAAGGAUGAAGAUGGAUUUCUCUACAUGUGUUACAGCAGCGAGAAAACAUUUGGAUGAUCUUUACACUCACUAGAUUGUCUAUCUAUGGAUGUAAAUAUUUAUUUUACAAGUAUAUGAUAUUGGAGAAAAACUGAAACAUUGAAUUCUGCUGUAAAAAUUAUGUUUACAAAUCUUAAAUAUUCAGAAUUUGUCUUGAAA